AUGCCUGUAAGGUCAGGACUGACAAAUGGGUACAUUGCAUAUGCACAGGUUAGGGCCAGAAAUGUACAUACAGGAGAAUUAGCUGCAGUGAAAAUCAUCAAGUUGGAGCCUGGUGAUGAUUUUUCUUUGAUUCAGCAAGAAAUAUUUAUGGUUAAAGAAUGUAAACAUUGCAACAUCGUUGCCUACUUUGGGAGCUAUCUCAGUAGGGAAAAACUGUGGAUUUGCAUGGAAUACUGUGGUGGCGGAUCACUUCAAGAUAUUUAUCAUGUUACUGGGCCAUUAUCUGAAUUGCAAAUAGCCUAUGUAUGCAGAGAGACAUUGCAGGGUCUUGCCUAUUUGCAUACUAAAGGCAAAAUGCAUAGAGAUAUCAAAGGUGCAAAUAUUUUAUUAACAGACCAUGGUGAUGUAAAAUUAGCUGAUUUUGGUGUGGCUGCAAAAAUAACAGCUACCAUUGCAAAGAGAAAGUCUUUCAUCGGCACCCCUUAUUGGAUGGCCCCAGAGGUUGCAGCAGUGGAAAAGAAUGGUGGCUACAACCAACUCUGUGAUAUCUGGGCAGUCGGAAUUACAGCAAUUGAGCUUGGAGAGCUUCAGCCGCCUAUGUUUGAUCUUCAUCCAAUGAGGGCUCUCUUCUUAAUGUCAAAAAGUAAUUUUCAGCCUCCAAAACUAAAGGACAAAACAAAAUGGUCAUCGACAUUCCAUAAUUUUGUCAAAAUAGCACUAACGAAAAACCCUAAGAAAAGGCCGACUGCUGAAAGGCUCCUGACUCACACCUUUGUUGGGCAGUCAGGUCUAUCUCGGGCCCUAGCAGUUGAACUGUUGGACAAGGUGAACAACCCAGACAACCAUGCACACUACACUGAAGGAGACGAUGAUGACUUUGAGCCCCAUGCAAUCAUUCGUCAUACAAUUAGAUCUACAAACAGGAAUUCCAGAGCUGAACGGACAGCUUCAGAAAUUAAUUUUGACAAAUUACAGUUUGAACCACCUCUGAGGAAAGAAACAGAAGCCCGGGAUGAAAUGGGACUACCAUCAGACCCAAAUUUUAUAUUACAUUGGAAUCCUUUUGUGGAUGGUGCAAAUACAGGCAGGUCAACCUCUAAACGUGCUGUACCACCUCCCCUACCUCCUAAGCCACGGAUAAACAGUUACCCCGAAGACAGCCUUGCAGAUGAGGAAAAAUCAGCAACCGUCAAACGUUGCCCUGAUCCAGAGACCAGAGCACCUCACAUUCUCAGAAGGCAGAGCAGCCCAAGCUGUGUUCCUGUAGCAGAGACAUCCUCUAUAGGAAAUGGUGAUGGGAUUUCAAAACUGAUCAGCGAAAACACAGAGGGA